AUGGGAUUGGAUGUUGAUUUUUGUGAGAAUCUUUCUCAAGAAAAUAAUGAAAGAAAACAUAUUCAAGACAGUGUGUUAACUGAUAUUUUAGGAAACAUUAUCGAUUACUCAGAUACUACAAAAGAAAUUUUUUCAAUUUAUAAAAAACAAAAUCCUCAUGGCGAUCUAAUCAAUCUUUGA